GCCGUCUGUGACUGAGCCGUGGUUGUGUGUAUUCGAAAGGCACCUUCGAUGUUAGGUAUAUCGCGAAAGACUCGAGACGCGAACAACGUCCCACCACAACGAACCGAUACACAAAAAUAUGUCGGCACAAUUGCUACGGACAGUGUAAUCGGAAUGACGAGCAGGCGAGCCACUUCAACAUAUUCGACUUGGCGGCACUUCUCAGGGCAGGGAAAUACUGAGCCAUCGGACACUGAGAAACCACCUGUGUCAACGUGUCCAGUAUGGAAGAGCACCUACAUACGUCCGUCCCCUUUCUUUUGCAACUUGAUCGCUGGCUCAAGGGCCAAGGCUCCCAGUAGUCCUUUCCUGGAUUUCAACCCCGGACCUCUGGUACAGCACAUCCGAUUCUUCUGGUGUUCCUCAAGGCUCUCUCCUUGGACCUCUACUGUUUCUUAUCUUUAUUAACGACCUCCCCAAUUCCGUUACACCCAAUAUUAGGCAUCCUGCUGACGAUUGUGUUCUCUACCACCCUAUAAGAUAUUCGUCCGACAAAAUAGCCCUUCAGCACGACCUUACUAUUAUCAAUACCUGGUGCUCUACUUGGCUUCUUUCGCUCAAUGCAUCUAAAUGUCGUUUCUUCCAUUUUCUUGUUCCCUUAGUAUAUCAAUACCAUGUUGGUCUUUGUCCUGUUUCACUGUCUCACUCUUACAAGUAUUUAGGUCUUUAUCUCUCCACCCAUCUUUCCUGGUCUGAACAUAUUCGCACUGUUGUAAGUGAUGCAAACCGGAAGCUUGGUUAUCUCCGCCAGAAACUCAAACUAUAGCGCCUCCCUCUGUCAAACUUCUUGCAUAUCUAACUUUAAUCAGGCCCAAACUAGAAUACGC